AUGCGGCCCACGCCGUUUUGGCGAUCGCUGUCCCGACUUCUCUUAGCACGGCCGGACGCAGAGCGCGCCUCCUUGGGUAUUCUAGCCGGCCUUCUGCCCAACAGAAGCAUGGAGGGGAAGCCGAUCCCUGAGCCUAAAGAGCGGGGAAGCUCUCCUCCGGUGGCGAAGAAGAGGCGGCUGUCGAGAGGGCAGGAGAAGAGGCCGGGCCCACUCGAAGAGGGAGAGAAGCGGUACGUGCCGCCCCCGAAGAAGCGGAAUACCGGCGUCAGCUUCGGCGAGGCUCAUUUCGCCGAAACCAGCUACUACUUCGAGGGUGGACUUCGCAAGGUGCGCCCCUACUACUUCGACUACAAGACUUACUGCAAGGGACGCUGGGUGGGAAAGAAGCUUCUGGACGUCUUCCGCUCGGAGUUCCGCGGUCGGCCCAUCGAGUACUACUGGGCCGCAGCCAAAGCCGGGCGCCUGCUCCUCAACAAACAGCCCGUGAAAGACCUCAGCGUCGUACUCAAGAAUAAUGACUUCCUGGAGAAUACCAUACAUCGCCACGAGCCUCCAGUUACAGCACAAACUAUUGAGUUUCUGGAGGACAACGAUGAAGUUGUGGUUGUAGACAAGCCCUCAUCUUUACCUGUUCACCCUUGUGGUGGAUUUCGGCACAACACCGUCAUUUUUAUUUUGGGCAAAGAGCAUAACCUGAAAGAGCUGCAUACUGUUCAUCGGCUUGAUCGCCUGACAUCAGGUGUCCUCAUUUUUGCCAAAUCUGCAGAAGUGUCCAAGAGAAUUGAUGAGCAAGUUCGACAGCGACAGCUGGAGAAAGAGUACGUAUGCCGUGUAGUUGGAGAGUUUCCAGAAAAUGAAGUGAUCUGUGAAGAACCUAUCUUGUCUGUGUCUUACAAAAUGGGCUUGUGUCGAGUGGAUCCCAAAGGCAAGCUGUGUAAAACGGUCUUCCAGCGGCUCAGUUACAACGGCAAGACUAGCGUAGUGAAGUGCUUCCCGUAUACUGGCCGUACCCAUCAGAUCCGUGUCCACCUACAGUUUUUGGGGCAUCCUAUUGUCAAUGAUCCUAUCUACAAUAAUGAAAUAUGGGGUCCUGAAAAGGGCAAAGGGGGCAAAGUUCAUAAAACUGAUGAGGAGUUGCUUCAUUCAUUUGUGGAAGAAUAUGUCUCAAAAGAGAGUCUGGGAAUCUUGGACAUGGUUGAGGAAGACCUGAAAGCAGUCUUAGUAGAUAAAAAGCAGGAGACUCCAGGAAAUGGUACCAAGUCUCUGCAGGUCACUACUGCAACUGAUAAUUCUGGCAAUACUGAAGAAUCAAAAGACAAAGAGAAGAGUCCAGUAUUGAUGUGUUCUCGUAAUUCUGUCCUUCAAGCACAUGUGCACAAAACUGAAAGUGGAGAAAUGUGUUUAACUGAAUUCCACAAUGAGGUGGACCCACUGUGUGAAGAAUGCAAAACAGCAAGGCCUGAUCCAUCACCCAAAGAUUUAGUGAUGUAUCUCCAUGCUUUACGCUAUAAAGGAAUGGAAUUUGAAUAUUGUUCCAAAAUGCCUGCUUGGGCACAGGAUGAUUGGGAAGAGACUUGAACUUUAUUUUAUAAAGCAAGGAGUGGGUGAGAAACUUUCUGCAGACUGAAUGGAAGAAGAGUCCGUUAAAAUAGGUGUGAAGAAACUGUUUCAAAGAAUGAAUGCGUUACCAAUUCUCUUUAUUGCAAAAAACAAAUAAUUAUUUGGAGAAAUAAUAUUUCUUACCAAGUAAGAAUAUACUUAAUUUGGAUUGUCUUUUCUAAAAAAUGAAACACUUACUGAGUGCUGUACAAAGAUUAAAAAUAAACACCUGUUUGCAGCUCAAA